AUGGCUCGUUCUUUCUUUCGCAAAUUACUUACAUACUUGUCAUCUGAUGAUGAGCUAGAUGCUGUUAUUAAUGCCGAGGCUGAUGGAGAGUCAUCGAGACAUCAUGGCAAUCGCCAACCUCGUAAGUUUAUUCGGCGUGAUCAUAUUCAAGGGCAUGAGUGCCUUUUUCGUGACUAUUUCUCAGAAAAUCCAGUAUAUCCCUCCAAUCUAUUUCGAAGGAGAUUUCGGAUGAGUCGUCCCUUAUUUCUCCGUAUCCUAAAUGAGGUAGAGGUUUACGAGCCGUACUUCGUCCAGAGAAGAGAUAAUGCCGGAAGACUUGGUUUAUCUUCUAUGCAAAAGAUAACCGCAGCACUUAGAAUGCUGGCCUAUGGGGUUACUGGAGAUUUUAUGGAUGAAUACAUACGUAUUGGAGAAAGCACCGCAAUGGAGAGUCUCAAAAAAUUUUGCAAGACAAUCGUAACUAUUUUUUCAGAUGAAUAUUUGCGGUCUCCAAAUGCCAAUGAUAUUGCUCGAUUGCUUGUUGUUGGUGAACAACGGGGAUUCCCAGGAAUGCUAGGAAGCAUUGAUUGCAUGCAUUGGAAGUGGAAAAAUUGUCCCGCUGCCUGGAAAGGUAUGUACUCUGGCCACAUCCGUGAACCAACUAUUAUUUUAGAAGCAGUUGCUUCAUAUGAUCUUUGGAUAUGGCAUGCAUUUUUUGGUAUGCCCGGUUCACAUAACGAUAUUAAUGUGCUAGAGAGAUCUUUUAUUUUCACGGAACUUGCUCAAGGGCGUGCUCCACCAGUCAAUUACACAAUCAAUGGCAACGACUACACUAUGGGGUACUACCUUGCCGAUGGUAUUUAUCCUAAGUGGUCAACGUUUGUGAAGACGAUUCCAUCACCCCAAGGGAAUAAGAAGAAAAACUUUGCCAGAGCACAAGAAUCUGCAAGAAAAGAUGUCGAGCGUGCCUUCGGAGUACUUCAACAACGAUUUGCAAUCGUUCGUGGACCUUCCCGAUUAUUCAAAGUCAAUGACCUAACAAAUAUAAUGAAAACAUGUGUUAUUCUACAUAACAUGAUCAUUGAGGACGAGCGUGAUGAUAGUCAGGGUUUGAACAUGGAGUACGAUCAACUUGAUGAUGAUAUUCCAGAAUUGUCGCGCAAUCCAACAAAUGAGUUUAUGAACUUCAUUCAGCGCCAUCAUGAAAUUAGGGAUAGCUCGACACAUCAUCAUCUACAAGCAGAUUUAAUUGAACAUCACUGGCAAUUUCAUUCCCAACAAUAGAAGAGAAGGUUGUGUUGGAGUCUCUAUUUUAUCAUUAGUAGCGACGGUGUAUUUCAAGUUUCUAGAAUUUUCAUUCCAAAAAACAUGUUUGGUUCAAGAAAAUGCAGUUUAAGUUAUUGUAAUAUUUUCAUUAUCUGUAAUAGUUUAAGAAUUUGUAAUGUCGAGUUGUAAUCAAGAAAUAUC